CCAGAUUACAACGCGGCGCUUCUAGCGGCGCUCUUGGUCUGCCUCCUCUGCGCUUCCUUCAUCAGCCGGCCGCCAUGUUAUUCUAGUUUUACUCUCCGCGGCUGGUCCUGGGCGAGAGCGGCUCCCGGCGUCGGGAGAGGCAGGAGGGUUGCGGGCUUUUCGCACCGCGACCUGGCAAGAUCCGACGCCAUGGCAGCCGCCUUGGGAGGAGCAGGAGCAGAGGAUGACUUUGAUCAUCAUAAACCUGGUGCAGAAAGGUCUUGGAGAAGGAGAACUGGAGAUGAUGAUUGGGAUAGUGAACUGGAUGAUGACUUACUAGGAGAAGAUUUGUUGACUGGCAAAAAGACUCAGUCAGAUAUGUCAGAUGAAGAACUGAAUGAUGAUCUUCUGCAAAGUGAUAAUGAAGAGGAUCAGCAUUAUAGUUCUCAAGAUCUCACUGUGAGUCUUAAUGCUUCAUCUAGCGUGGUUACAUCCUUUGAGAAUGCUAAUGACCCAUCUAUUGAACAAGACUUAGAGUAUGAACAAGGGGAAGAUGAAAUUGGUUAUGACAAAUCAGAUGUUCCUGAGGAGUAUGCGGAGGAGUAUUCGGAAGAACAAUAUGAAGGCCAAGAGGCUGAGUUGAUAGAAGAUCAAAUAGAAUAUGAGGAAGAUCAGGGUGAAGAAGAGAAUUAUAACGAUGAAGUGCUGGAUCUUGAAAUCAAUGAACCUCUAGAUGAAUUUCCGGAUGAAGAUUAUGUACAAUCUUAUAGUGGAGAACAAGUAAUUGAACAACAAGAAUAUGUAGCUGAAGAAGAGUUAGAAGAGGUUGCUGAUACCCAGUCACCUCCAAAUGAGUCAGAAGAGGCAAUUAUUGAAAAUCUGGAGUUUCAAGAAGAGACCAAAGAAGAGUCAGAUGAAGAAGAGGAAGAUGAUGAAGAGUCUGGUCGGUUACGGUUCAAAACUGAACGGAAAGAAGGAACAAUUAUUAGGCUAUCAGACAUAACAAGGGAGCGAAGAAACAUUCCAGAAACUUUGGAAAUAGUCCAUUCGAAGCAGCAUAGAAGCUUUAGAGAACUUUCUGCAGAAGCCAAAGCAGCAUUACUUGAAUUUGAAGAACGGGAAAGACAACUAAAACAUGGGCGGUAUGGAUUCCGAAGAGGAGGAAGACGAGGCUUAUUGAUGUGUCAUGGGCUGGGAGAACCAAGAAGAGACAUCAAUGAAAGAGGAAGAAUGAAGGAUCACAGGCCUGCUUUGCUACCAACGCAGACAGCUAUGAUGACACAUUCAAACAGGCUAUUUCAUCAUCCCAUUCGGAAUCUUUUCCAGCAGCAGCAGCAAUCACAGCAACAGCUCCAGGGUCUGCUCCCUGUCCCCACUUCGCAUCAUACACCACCCCUCCCCCCCCAAGGAAUCCGUAUGCCAUCCCAAGUGGACGCACCGAGGAUACUGAUGACUUCUCCUUCGGUGGCAUCCCAGCAGCCAAAAAACAUACACAUAAAUCCACACUUCAAAGGAACUGUAGUAACACCUGUUCAAGUGCCCUUGCUGCCAGUCCCAACCCAGCCAAGACCUGCUGUAGGACCCCAGAGAUUUCCUGGCCCUCCUGAUUUUCAACAAAACACUCCUGGACCUGUUCCUAGCAAUUUCAACCAAGGCCCACGACUUUCCCUCCAAGAUCAGUGGCGAGGACCUCCACCCCCUCUUCCUCCCCCACCUCCACAGGAGAGGGAACCUUUCUUCAUGGGAGAACCGAGAUUUCCCGGCCAUCACUUGUUUGAACAGCGGAGCCCACCACCCCCACCCCUUCUUAACAGCACGCACUCUGUGCCUAGCCAAAAUCAGCUCUCAUUCAGUCAGCCUGGACCUGGUUUCAGCCAGCAGGGGCAGCAACCGCUGUUUCCAAGAGAAAGGCUGGUAAGGCCAACUCUGCAGCCUCAGGGCCCCCUGGGAAUCCUUCAUUUCAGCCAGCCUGGAGCAGCCAACGCACGCCCCUUUCUUCCCCCACGGCAGUCCUUCCUGCAGGUCCCAGGACAGCCGUUCUUAACCCCUCUCACCCAAGCCGGCAUGCAGGGCCCUUUGCACCCUCCUUUGCAGCCACAGCCACCACCACAGCAGCCGUCCCAACCAUCCCAGCCUCACCACCAGCCGCACCAGUCCAACCAGCAGCAGCACCUGCUGCCUGUGCCUCCCCAACCUCUGAUUCCGGUGGCCCCAUCCCAGUUCAGGCCACGCCUACAGACUUCACAGCCAAGCGGUAACCGGAUGCCAUACCAGCAACGGCAAAGUCUGGUAAAGGCCAGGCAUAACACACCGGCACAAAACAUUUUAAAACGUCCAAAUCAGCAGUCCCCAUCAUCUGCCUCAAGAAAUAGUAAUUUGCGUGAAUUGCCCAUAGCACCUUUGCAUGCGAUUGACACUGCUAACAACAACCGGCAAACUCCAGCUCCUUCUGUUCAAGUGAAACCGGUUUCUAGCAUCACAGCUGCUAUGAAGCCUCUUGCAGGUAUCAAGAACCAAGUGGGAAAGAUGGAGUCCAAGCCAAAAACAGUUACUCCCACGUCUCAGCCUAAAGUGGAGGUUAAAUCUGAACCAGAGUUUCCCGAUGAAGAUGAAGAAACCAGACAGUACCGUUUGAAGAUUGAGGAACAGAAACGCCUCAGGGAAGAGAUCUUGAAACAAAAGGAGCUCAGGAGGCAGCUUCAAGCUGGGGCCCGAAAAAGAGAAUUGCUAGAAAGGCUGGCACAGCAGCAGCAAUGUCAACAACAACAGCAAAGCCCUGCAGGCCAAGAGCAGGAAGAAGACCCUUCAGAGCUUCCUACCAAUGGAAAUCCAUUGCUUUCUCUUCCUGUUGCACAGCCCCUCCAAAAUGUGAAAUACAGACUAAUGGUUAAAAAACAAGACCCGGUCCUUCCAGGUUCCCCAGCUGUUCUGCCUAAGCCUGCAAAUGUUCUCCAGGCUGGAGAUGGUGCACAAUUUCCAGGACAGCAAAUAAAGCCCAUAAAGCAACUACGGCAGGCUAGGACAGUGCCUGAAAAUGAGUUCCAGCUGCCCUAUAAAGCUUUGCAAGCGAAGCCUGCUGCUGCUGCACAGGUGAACCUGUCCCAGAUUAGUCGGGUGGCCUUGGUGCAAGGCCAGCCUCAAGAGGUGAAGCCUGGGAUGAAAAGAACUGUCAUGCAGCGGGCAAACAGUGGGAGUGGCGAUGGGCCCCAUAUCGGCACCAAAGUCAGGGUGAUAAAAUUAUCAGGAGGGGGUGGUGAGAAUGUUGGCUUUUCUCAUUUGGAAGAAUCUCCUAACCGGCUUCCGCAGCCAUCAGAGCAAAGACAUCAGCCGGUGCGGAAGGUCACACUGACAAAAGGGACAGUGCAGCAGCCUCAUCAGCACCUUCUAUCACAGAUUCAUUCUACGUUUUCUCAAGAACUAAAAAAUAUCCCAGGGAUACAACAAGUGAAAAAGGGUAUUCUGCAUGGGAGAGGCAGGGGGAUCACCGGCCAGAUGGGCCGAGGUCGCUUGAUGCCAAGUAAGCCGAAUCUGCGGGUGGUAGAGUGUAAACCUCAGCCCUGUGUCGUGUCAGUGGAAGGCCUUUCUUCAUCCACCACGGACAUUCAGCUGAAGAACCUGCUCAUGUCAGUAGGACCCAUACAGAGUUUACAGAUGUUGCCUCAAGAACGAAAGGCCAUUGCAAAAUUUAAAGAGCCCGCUGAUGCGUUAAAAUUUCAGCAGAAGUUUCACAGGCACAUGAUAGAUCUCUCCCAUAUCAACGUGGCACUGGUAGUGGAGUGACCACUGGGCAUAAGUUAUCCUAAAAUAUAGCAGGUUAUGGAGGAAGUCAGAAGGGUAGAAUCUUCCUGUAAUUUCUGGUGCCAGCUUUGCAGACUUCUUCCGAAACUUCAAAAUUACUCUGUGACAGCUGCUGACAAUAACAACCUUGCCUACAAUUGGAAGUUGGAUUACAAGAGUGAAAACUAUCUGUAUGGAACAUACAGAACUACAGAUCUCAUAUGUGAAUAGUAUACAUGGAUGUUUUUAGACGAUAUACUGUGAACACAAUGUCUUGGAUCAAAAGAACUUUGACUCUUGAAAAUAAUUUUUGUAAUUUUUUUUUCUCAGAAAAGAAUAUUUGAUAAUGGUUGCCCUUAUCUUCAGUGUGGGAUGUUGAAAUCAGAAUGCACCCAUAAUCUACUGGUUGUAGCUAAGCAUACAGAUGCCUAUAAUAUAGAAUAAAAGUUGAGCUUUAUAAUUUAAUGGUUUUUUUUUUUUUUUUUUUUUUUUUUUUUUUUUUUUUUUUUUUUU